AUGUCAAGGGUUGUGGAUCCGAACAGCGCAGUUUUUUGUGCUAUCAGAGAUGGGUCCAUCUUGAACAAGGCCAAGAACUUCAAGAAAGAAGAGUUGAAACCAUUCCUUCCAGUUUUAAUGUACAGAACCUUCUCGUCUUACGCUACAGCUACAUGUUUCAGUCAAGAAUCGGAUCGUUUGGUAAGUAUAUUAUCAAGUUUUUAAUUUCGUUUUUAGGAUUACUUGAGAGCUUGUUUGAUCGAAUGCCGUGAAGGGAACGACAUCUUGUUGUUCUUGAGGAAUAACUAUGAAGUUUUGGAACAACGAUUUUUGGAGACGAAGAAAGGGAAACAGCAGUCUAAUCUCAACCCAGGAAACUACUCGAUGCUCUCUCUAAAUGAUAAACUUUUUUUGAUCGGGUCGCACAUUUUGAAUAAAAGUAAGGUACCAAAACAUACCCAUUACUUUUUUAGUGACUGUUGACGCUCCUACCAUUGAAUCAUUUGAGCCGUUUGAUGCAGAAUCCUAUCAAGAAGAGGUGAUUUGGAUCAUCUCCUUCUUGUGUUUCUACAUCCCCUCUUUUUUUAAUGUUGCCGAGUUUGCUCCAUUACUCCUAAGAUAUUCUUAUGGAAAACAACUUAUUAUGGGAGUAAGCUAAUCGUUGUUAAGCAAUUGUGGUUGUUUUCUAAAUUUAUUCUACAGUAAUGGUGAUUUUUGAACAUCAUUUAUAUUUUAGGUAAUAAUGAACCAUCCUCAGCGAAUUGAGAAAACUCUGAUCAAACUUUUGUUUGCAAAAAAUACUGAUGAGGGGAUUUGUAUGCGCAGAAAGAACGAUACGAUAUUUGGAUUACUAAGGAUUGAUCCGAAUCAAGCUGAAGAUUUUCUUGGGAAAGUUUUGGAAGCUGGUGGAAGGUACAGGCUGGCUGUCACCUUACUUUGCAGUCGGUUGAUCCACGACAAGGUCUUUGUGAACACCUUGAUAUACCACUUGUUACAAAAAAAUAACCAGUUUUCGGCAUUCCUGAUCAAACAUGCCAAUAAAGAAACGGCCGAGAAGAUUCGAAAAAGAUUUAAUGAGAUUCUUCAGUUGUAUGUUUUUUUGUUUUAUGAAUUUUGGUUUAGAAGAAAACAUCCGGAAUCAAAAGAGCGAAGCAUUAUUUUACUCUGUGUUCUUUCUACGUAUAAUAUAAUCAGAGUCAAUUCGAAUGAGCCGAAUCACAUUUGGAUCAAAGUUUUGACAGAUACGAGUGUUACCAACGUACGAUUACUCAAGAUUAUGUUGGCCACAAUCCUUGCGUGCCCUAAUCUCCUCUCACAGAAUCUCUACUCUGAUUCUUCCGAUUUCCAUGAGAUCUCCGAAUUCUUUGCAUAUCUGAGAGAAUUGACCAGAGAAGGAAAUGCUUCUACCUUUGCUCCUUUGAAUCAAUUUAUGCUAUUAAUAGCGAUCCAUUUGAAGGCCGAUAAUCAAGCCGAAUUAUCGAAACUCCUCUCAUCAGAAUUAUCUCUUUCGGUAAGUCUAUCUUUUCUUUGUAAUUGUGUUUCAGAUUGGCGAUGUUUUGAGGAGGCAAGUUCAACUGAAGACAUUAUUCCUUCAAAAAGCAAUGCUGGAAGAAGAUCUUGCUCAGAAAGCGGCCAAUCUAGGGGUCACCAAAGGGCUGGAUAACAACAUGAGUGGAUAUCUUCCUGUGCAUUGUAUAAAUCAGCUAUUGGUCUCUCGAAUAUUCUCAAAGAAUCAGAUCAAUAUUCAAGACUGGAUAAAGAAACAACUCUUGGAGAGUCAACUACCAGUCCAUCAUGUCAUGGUACAAAUGUUGGAGAGCUUUGCGGCUUCCUGUUUUCCAUCAGGCGAUGACUACAAUUAUAAUACCAAGAUAGAUGAACUCUUCUUCUGGGUAAGUGGCUGGAGUUUGGUUUCGUGAAGGGUUUCUUCAGGAUGUAUUCAAAACUGAACUGUUUUCCAAUGAUAACGUUCUGGCUACCCGCAUAUUAUCUUUGUUCUACCUGUUGGCUUAUACACGCAGAGUGGACACUACAGUAAUUCAGUCGAAUAAAGGUCGUCUGGUUCCCACUGGAUACUCGGACGAUCUCUGGGCCGAAAUUCCUAUCAGAUACAUCCUCUCCGUGAUGGAUGCUCGACACAAAGACUUUGAAUUGAUCCGCCCUUCCCUUCUUCAUUAUGUUGGGUCCAGUAUCCCACAUAUGCUACCCACUUUGGACGCCAGUUUGGACAAGACCGAAGAUGAACUUGCUCAGAAAAGUCGUCCUUUCCAACGAUCAGUCGACCCAAAGAAGUUUGCUGAAGCUGUUGAUAACAUUAAGAACGAUAUAGUCACAUUCACAAGACUUCUCAGAGUUAUCGAAUCAGCCCCAAUUCAUGAACAAUAUAAUCAUUACGAUAGUAUUAUCAAGGCCGUUGCUGUGACGUUAGAUGGAGAAUUGUGUCCAUUGGUGUUGGCCAGAAAAUUGGCCAAGAUUUGGAAAAGAUUGGAGAAUUUAAUACCCAGGAAAUUAUACGAGAAGACGUUGGACUUGUGGCUAAACAGCUCUAGAUCGGCUGGAAAAGGGCCAAUUCAAGUGACAAACAGUCUUCUUCUCAAGGAGACUCCUCUCAUCAUGUUCAGGGUCGACGAUCGCAUCUUCAGAAGCCCCCCGCACUUUGAACUUCUCCUCAGAAUGCUAUCAUUUUACCUGGAUUCCGUGAAAAAUACGAAUUUGGUAAGGUUAACUAAGGCUGUCACAAUGUCCGAAACCAGAGCGUAAGUUGGAAAGACGCAAAUGAUAAAGUUUUAGGGAAAUUGAUGAGAGACACCAACUCUUCAAGGGAUUCACGGGAACCCAACAUCUGGCUGUAGUCCAAGUUCUUCUAGAAAUCUGCGAUGGGGACGAUAAAGAAGAGCCUACUCUAAACGAGAUAAGAGACCUUGCCUGUGCCCAAAUCCAUCAGAUGUUCGUCGCAGAUCCAGCUCUUCCUAAAUUGGUACACUUCAAUGUAAGUAACAGAUAUAAGAGUUAGAGCUCCCUAGAUGUAUCCAGUCCGAUUGAUCCCCAUGGUUGUUGAUAAAGUGCCGUCCGCCCACGUUUUAUUGGCUGAAUUGCAUGAAUUAGUGCAUCAAUCACAUAUUCAGAGAAGAAUAUUUGCUGUUAAUCUUAUCGCAGAACUGGCGAGGAAGGUAAAGUUUAUAAAAGGAUAAAAUUAAUGGUUACAGUAUACUAUCCCAAUGUCUCUGGCCGGCCUAGAGUUUAUGGAGGACGUCCUGACAACUCUGAUUAAUUCGAAGAUAGACGAAUCGGUGAUAAUCCUGUUCUCCAACAUCGUCCCCGCUCUCAAAACCUUCAUUAAUCUCUCACCGAUGCAUUCAGAAUCCGUUAAAAGUAUGCUAAGCAGAAUCCGAACUGUAGCCAAAUCACGAUUUUCUUUGUACAGAACCAAUUAUACAUCGGAUAAGUGUCCGGAACGAGUUUUGA